CUCAUACUGCUGCGUCAAUGUGACGUCAUCACGCAUAGUCGUUUCGCAAGCCGCACGCAGGAGGAAGCCGAGCAGCGGACCAGUGUGUCCCCAGUAACAGGCUUAAUAUCAGUGUUUUUAAGAGUGUUUCUCGUGUCAGACAUGUACUAUAAGUUGAACGGAGUAACGCAGCGGCUCACCGGAGCUCCUGCUGCCGCCUACAACCCGCAGGGUCUACGUCCAGGUGUCCCACCUGUCAGUCCUCCCAUCACCUUCUCAUCUCCAACCAAACUGGCGUCUGAAGCAGGAAGUUACGUAGAAUACCUGGGAGCCAACAGAGUCCCAGACCUUCAGAAAGCCUUCCAGAGGUCCGACGGGGUGCCAGUCCACCUCAAGAGGGGUCUCAUGGACAAGCUGCUCUACCGGACCACCAUGGGUCUGACGGUGGGGGGGGCUCUCUACUGCCUGAUGGCUCUCUACAUCGCCGCCCAACCCAACAAAAAGUGAUGCUGCAGAGCUGCUGCCUUCAGAUUUGGCCAGAGGUUUCUGGGAGCUGCAUGGACCAUCAGCGAGGCGUUCAGGGACCAUCGGAGGUUCUUGUUAGGCUUUCAGAGACAGUGACCGGAGCUUAAACAUUUUGUACAGAAAAUAUUAUGUAUUUGAAGACCUAACAGUAAAAUGUAUUUUGUUGUAAAGAA